AGUAGACAUUGUGGUAGUAAAUCGUGAUUCCUUGGUUGCCACUGGGGGAGUCGCGUGGUCUCUCGGUCAGGCUCGCCUAGGAAAGGCAAGCGAGCUGCCAGCGCCCCGAUCGGGAUCAGGACAAGUUCCGGGGUCUCGACAACGGAACCACCACCAAGACAAACCCAUCUCACUCCCUUCGACUCGUCCAAUUCCGACCCGUCCUCUGCUGCUCGUUCUUCCAGAAGUUUUUGUACUCGAUUCCACCAUGUGGAUUAUCAACUGGUUCUACGAUAUCCUGGCCUCCCUUGGUCUGCUCAACAAACAUGCCAAGCUUCUAUUCCUCGGUCUGGAUAAUGCGGGAAAGACGACGUUGUUGCACAUGUUGAAGAAUGACCGAGUGGCUAUUCUGCAACCGACUGCUCACCCCACAUCGGAGGAGCUUGCCAUUGGUAACAACCGCUUCACGACUUUCGACCUCGGUGGUCACCAGCAGGCUCGUCGUCUCUGGAAGGACUACUUCCCCGAAGUGAGCGGUAUCGUUUUCCUGGUCGACGCCAAGGACCACGAGCGUUUCCCCGAGUCCAAGGCCGAGCUUGAUGCUCUCCUGGCCAUGGAGGACCUCGCCAAGGUUCCUUUCCUGAUCCUCGGAAACAAGAUCGACCACCCCGAUGCCGUCAGCGAGGACGAGCUCAGACACCAGCUCGGUCUGUACCAGACGACAGGAAAGGGCAAGGUGCCGCUCGAGGGCAUCCGGCCCAUUGAGCUGUUCAUGUGCAGUGUCGUCAUGAGACAGGGCUACGGUGAAGGUAUCAGAUGGCUGUCCCAAUACGUGUAAAGCCCCAGCCGCCGUUAUAUCCGCUGCUACCCUUUUAUCCCUCGGUCGCCGGAGGAUAUGGCAUAUGACACGCAAUCUGAGUCUUUGAGUUCAGCCAAAAGCACUUGAAUAAUUGACGAGGUCCUGAAGACACACUUCCUAUGAAUCCCACCAUCACCAUCCAUCACUACCAACACCAUGUAACUUCCCGCCACCCCUGCAUCCCUCCCCGGCGCUCAAAGCGCUUAUAGGUACUACGAUACCGACUUCCCUCAUCCCUUUUGCUUAAUUGGCGCUCCAGAUUUCUUUUUUUCCCAACUUUGAUAGCUUGUCAAGAGUUUAAUAUCUGUUAUUUAUCUUGAGUCAGACCUUUCGUAGAUUGGCUUAGUCUUAUUUUUUAGGGGAUCCGUAGAAUCGUCGGCAAGUCUGAUAUUACUCUACUCUGUCUGGGUGGGUAUUGCUCUUUUUUGCUAUAUGAUUCACGAUAUAUGAAGUAGAUUAUAAUCAUGAUCAUUCUUGCG